UCUCUGACUGGCUGCCCUCAGGUGGGGUGGGCGGAGCUGAGCGAUGGCGGGCGCGUCGGUGAAGGUGGCGGUGCGAGUCCGCCCGUUCAACUCCCGAGAGACGGGACGCAACGCCAAGUGUGUGAUCCAGAUGCAGGGAAACACCACCUGUAUCUCCAACCCCAAACAACCCAAAGAUGGAGCCAAGAACUUCACCUUCGACUAUUCCUACUGGUCCCACACCACGGCUGAUGACCCGAGCUUUGCGUGUCAGAGGCAGGUGUACAAGGACAUCGGAGAGGAGAUGCUGCUGCACGCCUUCGAAGGAUACAAUGUGUGUAUUUUUGCAUACGGACAGACGGGUGCAGGAAAGAGCUACACCAUGAUGGGCAAACAGGAGCCUGGACAGGAAGGGAUCAUACCACAGCUGUGUGAGGACUUGUUUCAGAGAACCGGAGAAAACACUGAUCCUGACCUGACCUACUCUGUGGAGGUGUCCUACAUGGAGAUCUACUGCGAGCGGGUCCGGGAUCUGUUAAACCCAAAGUCCCAGGGGACUCUGCGGGUCCGGGAGCAUCCCAUCCUGGGUCCUUACGUGGAGGAUCUGUCCAAACUGGCUGUGACCGGAUUCUGUGACAUCCGUGACCUGAUGGACGCCGGCAACAAAGCUCGGACGGUUGCGGCCACAAACAUGAAUGAGACGUCGUCCAGGUCACACGCUGUCUUCACCAUCGUCUUCACCCAGAAACGACGAGACCAGAUGACCAGCCUGGACACUGAGAAGGUCAGCAAGAUCAGUCUGGUCGACCUGGCUGGAAGCGAGCGAGCAGACUCCUCGGGGGCAAAGGGCAUGCGACUCAAGGAAGGAGCAAACAUCAAUAAAUCUCUGACCACAUUGGGAAAAGUCAUAUCAGCUUUGGCUGAAAUGCAGAGUAACAAGAAGAGGAAAAGUGAUUUUAUUCCCUACAGAGACUCUGUUCUCACCUGGCUACUGAAAGAAAACCUGGGAGGAAACUCUCGGACAGCCAUGAUUGCUGCUCUAAGUCCUGCUGACAUCAACUAUGAAGAAACACUGAGCACUCUGAGGUAUGCUGACCGUGCCAAACAGAUCCGCUGUAACGCUGUGAUCAAUGAAGAUCCAAACGCCAAACUGAUCAGAGAGCUGAAGUCUGAAGUGGAACGACUGAGAAACCUGCUGUUCUCCCAGGGCCUACAGGAGCUGCUGGACAACGCUGUCAACAACAACAACAAUGGCCCCGGUGGUGUCGCAGGUGUCCCCCCCUCCCCGCUGCAGCUGGCAAUCACAGCCAAUGGGAUUGUCACACCUGAGAAUGGCUCCGCCCCUCCAGGUGCCGAGCCGACCUCUACAGGUGAGGCACCCGCUGACCCUGACCACCUGAUCGAGGACGGAGAGGACGGAGAGGAGGCGGACUCUGCGGACUCUGCGGAGCCCAUCAGUAAAGAGGAGGCAGCUGAGAUGCUGUUGGAAACAGAGAAGAUCAUCGCGGAGCUCAACGAGACGUGGGAAGAGAAACUAAGAAAGACAGAAUCUAUUCGACUGGAGAGAGAGUCCCUGCUGGCAGAGAUGGGCGUGUCCAUUAAAGAAGAUGGAGGAACGCUGGGCGUCUUCUCUCCCAAAGGAACGCCUCACCUGGUCAACCUGAAUGAAGACCCUCUGAUGUCAGAGUGUCUCCUCUACUACAUCAAGGAGGGGCUCACCAGGGUUGGACAGCAGGACGUGGACAUUAAGCUGUCGGGUCACUUCAUUAAAGAGAUCCACUGUGUGUUUGUCAGUGAGCUCAACGACCAGGGAGAAGUCGUCGUCACUCUGGAGCCGUUAAUCGGAGCCGAGACGUACGUUAACGGGAAGCAGAUCACCGACGCCGUUGUCCUCAAACAAGGCAACCGCAUCGUGAUGGGGAAGAACCACGUGUUUCGGUUCAACCACCCGGAGCAGGCGAGGCUGGAGAGAGAGCGCAGCGUCACGGCCGACCAGCAGGGGGAGCCCGAGGACUGGAACUACGCUCAGAAGGAGCUGCUGGAGAAACAGGGCAUCGACAUCAAACUGGAGAUGGAGAAGAGACUACAGGACAUGGAGAUUCAGUACCGUAAAGAGAAGGAGGAGGCAGAUCUGCUGCUGGAGCAACACAGACUGUAUGCAGACAGCGACAGCGGUGACGACUCAGACAAACGCUCGUGUGAGGAGAGCUGGAGGCUGAUCUCCUCCCUCAGAGAGAAACUUCCUGCCAACAAGGUGCAGUCCAUAGUGAAGCGCUGUGGUCUGCCCAGCAGUGGGAAGAGGAGGGAGCCUCUCAGAGUCUAUCAGAUCCCUCAGAGGAGGAGGAUCAGCAAAGACCCCAAACGGGUCACCAUGGAAGACCUCCGCAUGCAGGCCGUCAAAGAGAUCUGCUACGAGGUGGCUCUGGGAGACUUCCGUCACUCCCGCCAGGAGAUCGAAGCUCUGUCCAUCGUCAAGAUGAAGGAACUCUGUCGCAUGUACGCCAAGAAAGACUCCAACGAGAGGGAGAGCUGGAGGGCCGUGGCCCAGGACGUCUGCGAUACCGUGGGCAUCGGAGAGGAGAGGAGCCCCCCCGCAGAGGAGGGAGGAGGAGGAGGAGGAGGAGGAGGGGGAGAGACGGGGGAGGGAGGACAGAAGAAGAACGUGUAUGACCUGAAGGCUCACAUUGAUAAACUGACUGACAUCCUGGAGGAGGUGAAGUUGCAGAACAACAUGAAGGACGAGGAGAUCAAAGCUCUGAGAGACAGAAUGAUCAAGAUGGAGAGCAUCAUACCUGUUCAGGACGAUGACGUGAACGGCGAAGAGGACGGCGAGCCUCAGAUGGACGGGGGCGGGGCCGGCGACACCCCCCGCCAGCCGGAGGUCAGAGUGAAGCGGCUGAUGGACGAGGACCCGGCGUUCAGGAGAGGACGCCUCCGCUGGCUGAAACAGGAACAGCAGCGGAUCCUGAACCUGCAGCAGCAGAACAUCACCAAGAAACUACGAGGACAGAACCAGAACCAGAACCAGGGCCAGAACUCCCCCGUUGUCCCCGUUCAUCUCCCCGGGACCGGCCGCUUCAUCCCUCCCCAGGAGUGCAAGCUCAAGUUCCCCUUCAAGAGUAACCCCGCCCACCGGUUGUCAUGGGGACCAGCCAGCGCCGCCCUGCAGGCUCUGGGUCUGGGGGAGGGAGGAGGAGACGGGGGAGAGCCAAGGGAGGAGGGAGGAGGAGUACUGGAGGGUAAAGGCUCUCCCUCACCUCCUCCUCCACCUCUUCAGGGUCAGUCUCCCGGUCUCCUGCCCCUCCCCUUCCAGCCUCCGCCCCCUCGCAUGCGCACCCCCAGCCCUCAUCGCGCCUGGCAACAGCGUAACCAAGGCAACCAGGGUAACCAGGGCGGCUUCUACUACCACCACCAGGGCAACAACCAAAACCAGCAGCGCCGCUACCGCCGCAACUCUCUGGACAGCUCCACCCACGGCAACAGUAACUAUGACGGCGACCAGCAUCACGGCGGCGGCGGUGGCGGUGGCGGUCACCAGGGGCGACCGAGACAGAGGAGGGGGGUGUCGCCCGGGCCAGGAGGGGAGAGGGGAGGGGGGAGAGGAGGAGGAGGAGGAGGAGGAGGAGGGAGGGACAGAGAUGGAGGCUUCCACUAUCAUCAACACCAGCACCAUCAGUACCAUCACCAUCCCUACUUCAACCCCCACAAUGCACCAUUCCAGCCAGGACCUCACCCCAACUACCACAGCCUGCCACGCUCCGGGGUCCCGCCCCCUCCUGCUGACAUGCUGCUGGGGGUGGGGCCACCGCCGGGUGGGUGGGGCUUCACCACCCCGCCCAGGAUGAGACGGCAGUUUAGCGCACCGGACCUCAAAAACAACAAUAAGGAGACCCCCAUCUGACCUCUGACCUCCGACACCAGGGUGGCCUCUGAUUGGCUGCAGGACACAGCGCGGUCCUGAUGCUGUAGAGAAUGUGUGUGUGUGUGUGUGUGUGUGUGUGUGUGUGUGUGUGUGUGUGUGUGUGUGUGGCUUGCUCCUAGCCUUUACGUUAGCGUGGGUUAGCUGUUGCCAUAGCGACACUGUUUUUAGGAGAAGCGGAUCGUCAGGCUGUCAGACCGGAUCGAAGUUUAUCACGUUACUCUUUAGUUUGAUUGAUUUUAUUGAUCGCUGACGUUCUGGUUGCGAUCAGUCGCUGAUAACGAGGUGCCUUUUAAAGCUGACAGUGUUUAGCUCCCGGGGCUCGUUACUGUAGCAGAAGUGUUGUUCUACCUAAAGAUGAAGUUACGUUGGACGAGACGGACUCGAGGUUUAGCUCCUCUGUUUUAGCCGCCGUUAGCCCAGGAGGCUAACUAGCCUGGUUCAGCCCUGAGAGGUCUGUGUUAGCUCGGGAUAGCCUGGUUAUCCUGAGCAGGGAGCGAUGAGUGGCUGUUAGCAUGUGGUGAAGAGCCGCACUUUAGCCCGGCCCAAGUUUUGCACAGGUGAAGGUAUUAGCCUAGCAUAGCACAGCCUAGCCUAGCCAGGGCAGCGUUCACGUUGUAUGGGAGUUACAGUUAGUUUAACACACGCAGCGCUCUCUGGUGGACAAACACAGAUACAUCAGCCUUUACGUAUAAGAAACAAUAGUUUACUGGCACAAAGUCAAACAACAAGUUCUCUUAAAAAUAAAAGAUUUUAUUGGGAUAUUAAAAUAGUAAUUAAUUAUGGAUAAUAAGAAAAUGUCCUGGAUCUUAAAGCGACCUCAAACACCUCAAACACCUCAAACACGUCCCCAACAGAAGAGAAACACUGAAAUUAAGAUGUGACUAUAUAUAUAAUAUAUAAUAUAUAUAUAUAUAUAUGUUGCUUUUAUCUUCUAACCAUCUUCAUAAUAUCAUUUCAACAUAGAUUAGCUUAGCAUAUAGCAUAUCUAAGUACAGGACGGGAGGCAAAAAGGGGCGGGGCUUAGGAAGGCUCUAUUGACUGCCUGAAGCUCGUAGUUACCGUCUCUCCCAUGUGACUUGAAUGCUGCGUCGCUGAGUGCUACAAACCAAAGAAAGCUGCUCCGUGGCGCCUCCUGCAGGAGAGCAGAGAGCUGACAGACACACUGCUGUACAGACAGACAGACAGACAGACAGACGGUGUUUAGGAGGUGUGAGGAGAGGAGGAAGAGGAGGAGGUGUUGUUGUUGUUGUUGACUCUUUUUAAAGCGUUGUGUGUGUAUAUUUGAAGUGACUUUAUUUUGUCUUGAUGUUUUUAUGAAGAUGAAUCUAUUUUAAGCGACGCAUGAAACCUUCACUGUCUCUGGCAAUCGUGGGAAAACGUAGUAAGUGACACCUGACGUGUGAUGCCUCAUGGGAGAUGUAGGAAUACUGACUUAUUUAAAACUGACAUGGGAGACGUAGGAAAACAUGAUGGAUUGUGGUGUAUGUAGGGCCGUGCAAGCGAGGAACUCUGGGAAAUGUAGUGUGAGACUGAGUGGGGGGGGGGGGGGAGAAGGAAGAGGGAGACACUUGAAGAUAUCUGAGAUACAGUAAGCUUUGUGUUGGAACACUACGACGUGUGAAAGGAUCUGACGAUGUUUAGUUAUCAUUCAGUUGUGAUGAGAAGAGACUGCUGCCUUCAUGAGACGCCAGGAAGUUGGAAAUAGUGACUUUUCCCCAUCUGAUGUUGCAUUUAAUGUCACUUUCCAAUAUAAUGAGAUAUUUGUUGUAAUGUUUGCAACACCAGAGCUUUACCAUCAGUGUUCUAUGAUGAUCAAUGGUCCGAUUCAUAGAUUAUGGAAAUAGUUGCUGAAUAAUAAUGUUUGUUACGCUGUUGUGUUCACUGCACCGCGGAAAUGUAGGAAGUUCUAAUAACAACCACGGAUUUCCAACUUCCCACGUCGAACUGAACGCACCCCGAAUGACGCUGCGUUUACUGUCGGGAGGAGCUGGGAGUUGGCGGCACUGCCUAAACGUCCCCCCGCCCACACAGAGCAAGGCAUUGUGGGAGAUGACGAGUGGAGCAUGUUUGCGCUCCGUGACUUUGAGACCUUUUCACUGAAGGUCGGAACCAGCCAAUGGGAGCGCUCCCUCCGGCCACACCGCGGGAGGGAGUCGCCACGAUGAUGAUGACAAAAAAAACCACAGAAUUGAUUGUGAUUGGCCAGAGGAGCAUGACAUCAGCAGGAUUUAACUUCCGCAUUGUUUUGCUCUGCUGCCUCUGGAAUCGACCAAUCACGGGACAAUCUCGAUAACCUGCUGCCACCGCCGGGCUUGAUGGGAAACGAUGUUUCCUUUUUUGUUUGUUUGUUUUUUUAUUUUAUUUUUUAAAAACAUUUUUUAUGUCCAGUUUGGGCUUCUGAUUGGCUGUUUUCUUUUUCUUUGUUUAUUCAUUUUCUUCUUGUCCUGAAUAUUUUAACCCCGCCUACACGUUCGACCUUUGCUUUGUGAUGUCAUCACGUCAUCAUCGCUGUUAUUAAUAUAAUUAUAUUAAAGCUCUAAGUGUCAUUAAUAUUGGGUUCUUAUGGAUGCUGCUAAAGGGAGCGCCUUCGCCCUCAUGCAACCGUCUGAGUGUGUCCGUGUGUGUGUCCGUGUGUGUGUCCGUGUGUGUGUCGUGUGUGUGUCUAUGUGUGUGUGUUUGAGUGUGUUGGACGUCAGUGUGUGUGUGUGUGUGUGUGUGUGUGUGUGUGUGUGUUCCCGGGUUAAUUUAGAAUCAUAAUCUGAAGUUUGUUUUACUUUAUAAAGCUGAUUUUAUUGUUUUGCUUCUAAUCGUCUGUUGUAGUUUUGUUGUUGUUUUUGGAGGUUUGAGGAGGGGUCCGCCUGGGUGUGUGCGGGAAGCCGUUGCCAUGGCAACCCGGCAGACCCCCCCCGGCAGAAUUCCACAUACGUUCUCAAACCCUCACCGACUGGCCCCACCCAUUCCCCCGCACCUCUGCUCCAAUCACAGCCUCAGAAUCUGUGGCAUCGCGGCAUGAUGUCACUUCAGGACACGGUGACAUCAUGGUGUAGCCCUCCUCCUAUUGGCUCAGAGCCCCUCAGUUGUUUUUUUUCUGUCUGUUGUUGUUGUUUUUGUUGUAUCAGGAACCAAUCUCAGGCUCUACCUGCAGACAACAUGAUGGCAAUAAACUGUCAAUAAGAAUGAAAA